CAGAAUCUUACAUCCAUGACGCCUUCCAAAACAAACAAGAUAAAUAAGGGAGAUUUAGCUCCUCCUGUGGCUCUAUGCAGGGACGAAACGGGACUAAUGAAGAUGUUGAACGUGAUCAGGAGAUGUGCCUUAGAUGGUUUCUACUCGUGCAGAACGUGUCAAAAGUUUCAGUUCCAGCCCAACAGGUUUUACACAUCAAAAAAUAUAUUAAAACUGGAGGAAAGGGGUCUAUGGGCGGAUCGCUUUCCUGAGUCGAAUACAAACAAGUUGAUCGAAGAGCUAUUAGACCAUCCGCAUACUGUAUACAGUGGCUUCGAUCCCACUGCAGACUCACUACACGUUGGAAACUUGUUAGUGGUGGUGUCGUUACUUCACUGUCAGCGCGCGGGACAUAAUGUAAUUGCUCUUGUGGGCGGAGCUACGGCGCAGGUGGGAGACCCCAGUGGGAGGAGCAAAGAGAGGCCGCUGCUGGAGCCCAAGGUGAUCGAGAGCAAUUCCAAAGGCAUUGCCGAAAACCUUCAGAGAAUAUUCAAGAAUCACCAGCAGGUGUUUUGGGACAGAGGGACGGAGGACACGUUGGCUCCUCUCAGAAUUGUGAAUAACUACGACUGGUACAAGAAGCUGAAUGUUGUGGACUUCCUGAGAGUGGCGGGUCGUAGUUUCCGUAUGGGCACAAUGCUCUCCCGAUCCAGUGUGCAGUCGCGGCUCAACUCGGAAGACGGAAUGAGCUUGACGGAAUUUACCUAUCAGGCCCUACAAGCGUAUGAUUGGCUUCACCUGUAUGAUAAAUAUAAUUGUACAAUUCAGAUCGGAGGGAAUGACCAGAUGGGUAACAUUUCCUCGGGGCACGAAUUGAUCAGCAGAUUACGCGAUAAACAAGUUACGGGUCUUACUGUGCCUAUCAUCACAACGGAAGCCGGAAACAAAUUUGGAAAAUCAGCAGGAAAUGCCAUUUGGCUCGACAGAAACAAAACUUCGCCUUUUGACUUCUAUCAAUUCUUUUUCCGCGUGAAGGAUUCCGAGGUGGAAAAGUUCCUCAUGCUUUUUACAUUCCUACACGUGAAGGACAUUAACAAGAUCAUGGCAAAGCAUUGGGAGAAGCCAGAAGCCCGCCAUGCGCAGAAGAAACUAGCGGAGAAAGUUACUCUAUUAGUGCACGGAUACGAAGGCCUAGAGUCAGCCCGACGGACAACCGAGGCUCUUUAUGGAGGACGGCCAGAUGCCCUGGCACAGAUGACCCCAGAGGAGCUGGCGGUAGUGUUCCAGUCUGCUGCCUCGGCCGAGUUGGUCCUCGAGCCGGGUACAUCAGUUCUUAAGAUGGCAAUGGAUGCGGGAUGUUAUAAGGAUGAAAAAGAUGCACGGCGAAUCAUAAGUGCUGGUGGUUUUUACGUCAACCUGAGUCGCGUCACCAAUCCAGAUCUUAUACUCAUCCCGGGAGUGCAUAUUCUGCCAAAUGGAAUUACUAUUGCAAGAGUUGGAAAGAAGAAUUACUACCUUAUCAAGUGGAAUUGAUAGGACUUACAAGAAUGUUUGUAGAAAAAAAUGUUUAUGUAUAAAAUGAAGUUUAGUCAUCAAAAA